CAAAGUAAUCGGUCUAGCACACACUAUUGGAUAUUGGAGAAUCGACCUUAGUGUGGGCUUUACAACGAGAAGGAAUAAACACGUGAUCAGUGCAAUAGUUCAUAUCAUAUUUAAUUCACAUGAUAUUUCUAUAUCGUAUUACAAGUACGGAAUAUUAUGCUUCAUGUUUAUGAUACAAAUGAUGAUGAUAAUAAUAAUGAGUAUGCAAACACGAAUACUAGAAAAAAUCGACUGGAUUGUAAUGGUAUACUUGUAACUAGUGAAGACUUAAAUGGACCAUUUCAAAAUUCAUCUCCAGCUGGUUCUAGAACAAUUUAUAUAAAGCCUCUACCUAAUGAAAAUGAUAUGUCAAAUUCUAAUUUAUUAACUGAGAAGAAAAGAUUACCGAAAGCACAACAUUCUGCUCUUUUACCAUUUCCUAACGAUACAGACAAUGUGAACACAUUGACGUCGUCAGCUGGUUUUUCACCUAAAUCUUCUACACAGAAUACGAAUAAAACUAGUGCAAAACUAGCUGAUGUCAAUAAUUAUUAUGCCUUAAUUUCUCCAACACAUUGUAUUUCUUCAAAUCAUAAUAGUAGUUAUUCACCAACCACCAAUAUCAAUUAUGAUCAUGUGAAUGAUAACAGAGGAGGGGAAUAUAACAACACUUCCACUAUUAUUAUUCCUACUUCAAAUUAUGAACGUCAAAACAGUCAACCGGAACAAAGACAACAUCGUCAUCAACAUCAUCGACAUGUGAAUCGUAGUUCAUUUAAUCGUCAUAGUGUACUGAGACGUUCACUUGGCGGCGCUGUAACUAUCUUCUCUUAUCCGAAUCCAGUUAAUCAACAUUCCUCUGAUUCAGAUGUAUCACAUAAAAGUUAUACAAAUAAUAAAGAUAAUGUUAUCAAUAGUAAUAUUAAUAAUACUAGUAGUAGUAAAAAGAGUAACAAUUCUCAUUUAAUUGAUCAUUUUUCAUCUCAAUCCUCAUCCCCUUCUUUAUCAUUAUCGGUGAAUGCACGAAAUGAUGAGACAAUAAAUAGUUAUAAUGAUUCUGUCCUGUAUCAACGACAUAUAUUUUGUUUAUCUAAUUUACCAGUAUUUGAUGAUUUAGGUUUCACAUUGAAACCAUUUCCGUCGAAUAGAUCUAAAUUUCGAGGAUUUCGCCUCCUUAUUGACAAAUCAGCGCACAGUGAACACUUUUCACGGACUGAUGAUAUACCGUUGAGAUCUGGUGAUAUUAUUGUCACGGUUAAUCGUAAUAAAUUGUCAAAUAUGUCUGAAACUGAAGCAUUACAGUAUGUUCUUAAUGCUUUCAAAGAUGCCCAACAGUAUACAAUAGAAGUUGGUAUACGCCGACCAGCUAUAUCAUUGUCAUCACCAUUAUCAAAGAAUUCUUGUAUCACUGAAUCAUCAUCGCCAUCAUCUACUCUGUUGCCUAAAAAAUUAUUCAAUCGUCAAAAAUCUGAUUCCGGUUAUUCUGCUUCUAUUGGUAUGAAUGCCUCAUCGAAUCCACAUCAACCUCGACGACGAUGUACAGAAUAUGUAUCAGGGGAAUUCAAUUCAGAACAACAAUCAUUAUUCAAUAAAGAAGAGAAAAAUGUCGACAAUGCACCGAUACCAAAUACACGAUCAUCGAAUUUACAUCGUCUUAGUUUAAUGGAUUAUCCUGAUUCCCCUCGGUUGUGUUCAUCAUCACAAUUUCCAUUCGGUGAUAACAGCAAUCCUGUUGGCACAGAUUCUGGUUGUUCUGCUGCAGGUGGGGGUUACUUCGACAGUAUUAAUACAGCAAUGCUGGCUUCAUCGUUAUCCACUAAUCUAACAGAUAAUGGCUUUGUUACAAUACGUCGACCUAAACAUCCUGGUAAUUUAACAACUAUUGAUAGUAAUGAUCGAUAUUCUAUGAUCAGUGGAUCAGAGUCUCCUCACCAUUCUUCAUUAGGCAAGGUUAAAAAGUCUUCAGUGGCGAAAAUUCCAUUGAAAAAUCAAAAUAAUGACAAUAAUAUCAGCAAUCCUGGUGACAAUUCCAAUUCGCGUACGCUUACACCAAAUACAGAAGGGUCAACUGUUUCACCCGGUAUGCCGAGAAAGUCUUUGAAUGUGUCGAAUAAAGAUCCAAAUGCGUUUAACACACGUACAAUCGGUCAGACAAUGCAUAUUCAGCUAACUAAAAUGUUAAACAAUGGUCUAGGCUUUACAUUGACUAGUCGUGAUACACAAACACAAAGUUCACAAAUCUCUGAUCUUGUUUAUGUGAAAAAAAUCCUGCCUAAUGGUGCUGCUAUUCAAGAUGGACGUUUAAUGAUUGGUGAUCGUUUAUUAGCUGUCGAUGGUCAAGAAGUACAGUCGUUAAAUCAAGUUCUCUUACAAUUACGAUCAUUGGAACCAGGUGAACAAGUGGAUUUGUUAAUAUCUCGACAUAUUACAACCACUAGUGGUAAUGAUACAGAUGUGAAUACUACAAGAAAAUCUUCAUUGCCUCCACAUCCAUUUAUAUCAUUGACUUAUGAGUAUAAACUUCCAUUGGCCAACAGUAAUCAAUCAGAUAAGCAUAGUUCUCCAGCAUUGGGCAUAAACUUUAAAUGGUCCAAUGAUAUCCCCUACAUAUCGUCCACCGCCUCCUCCUCAUCCUCCCCGUCAGCAAAAUCUCCAAAUGUACAAUAUUCUCCUGUACCUGGAUUAUAUAUUGAUAGUCUUUUACCUGAGAGUAUAAUUACUUCGGGCAAUCGAAUCACUGUACAACCGGGUGAUCGUCUUGUCGGUAUCAAUGGUGAAAGUGUAGACGGAAUGAAUGCUAAAAAUAUUGUUAUUCGUCUUAAAAAGAUUUUAAACCAAUGCCAUGAACAAAGUGCUCAUAGUUCUGGACAAUCGUCAUCUACAUUUAGUCUCACUGUUCAUCGAUACAAACAGGACGAUAGCCAUCGGUCAGGUAAAGCAGAGACGUUGAGACCUACAACACUUCCUCCAAGACGCAAUAAAUCAUCACAUCCUGAAGAAAUGGAAAAUAAUCGGCAAAAGCCUCAAGAUGGUUGUUAUUCCCCAUUAUCAUUUACACUAAGUGAUAAUCGACGCCGCGUAUUGAAUCGAUCAGAUUCUAUGUCAUCAGGAAUCGGUUCUCGUUCAACGCAUCAUCGUACUGAACAACGUUCAUCAUUUCGUAUUCCUCAACUGUUGAAUGAUAAUGAUGAAGAUAGUUCACAAUUACCAUUACCAUUCUCUUCAUCAGCAUCUUCACCAGUAACUAAUUAUCCAUCGUCAAGAAAUUUAUCUGUACCAUCGAAUAGAAAUUUUAUGCGUGAAGGAUUUGGACGUCGUAGUGUUUCAGAGAAACGUCAUGGACAUGUAGAUGCAUCACAGUAUUCAUUUUUUCAAACAAAUAUACUUCCAAAUCGUUAUAAAAUGCCUGAAGAUGUCGAUAAACAAUACUCCACUAUGCCUACAACACGUCGGCUGAAAAUGCACAAGGCUCGUUUAGCUGCUGCUGCAGCAGCUGCGGCUAAUUCACAUACACCUACUUCUACUACUACUACUACUACCUUUGCUGGUGGAAAUGGCAAUCAAUUGACAGGAACUAUAGGAUCUGGUACAGGUCCAUUGAAAGCGUUACAUUCACUAAGUGCAAUACCGCCUCAAUCUCCAGUGUAUACAUCCUAUCAAGAUCCAGACACAGUAGACAUCGAGCAUCAGUCAGAUCAACCGCCAAUAUUAAGAAAUCGAAAGCAAAAUAACAGUUUCCGUCAUGCAGUGGAUCGUUCAUUUAUCCCGCCCACAACAACAACAACAACUACUACUACUACUGGUGAUGAUAAUUUCAGUAGUAUCAAUAAUAAUAAUUAUGCAAAUACUUUAAAUAUGCGAUCAAUUUAUCAUCCACACUCAGAAUCGCCUAAUGUAAAUCCUCCUCCUUCUUCUUCUUCUCCUCCCCCACCGCCUUUACCUCCACAUCGUCCUCGUAGUGGAAGUGCUAAUCGUGAUAAAUUAAAUCCUAAUAUCGAUCACAAUAAUGAAAAUAAAAUUAAACAUACUAGUCCUUUAGCUCAACCAUCUUCACGUUCCUCUUCUAUUACAACACAUAAAUCUACACGUCCUCGAUCAAAAUCCCGUUCAGAAGGUGUCGGUGCUGAGGCUGGCGGUAGUCAUACACAACCUGUAAAUCUUAUUCAACCUUCUGCCGCCUUACAAUCAUCUUCAAUGAAUUCACAAGUAUCUUCGGAACAAAAACAGACCAGUAACAACAAUAGUAAUAAUAAAAGUGGAUUAUCAGCAUUGAAAAAUAUUUUCAAAAUUGGCACUUCAAAAACUGUAUCAGAAGUAAAUGAUUCUUCUGCAUCGGUAGUAAAAACCACCGCUAAUCAUCAUCAUCAUCAUUCAAAGACAUCAGAGACAGCAUCAAAUCAUCAUCUUCUUCUGCCUAAAAGCAAGAAACAACAAUUAAGACGUAGUUCAGUUCCAGAGAAUCAACUUUCUGUUAAUCAAUCCUCCUUAACACCACAACCACCAUCGAAGUUAACGACAGAAAUUCACACUACUACUGCCACUACUACUAUUAAUGCUAUCAGUAGUAGUAAUAAUAGUAAUAAUAAUAACUAUAUUAAUCCAAAUAGUUUACCUAUGAAUAAAGUUGCUCAUCCUUAUAUACCAUCUGGUCAUUAUUAUUCAAAUUCACCUAAAUCAGCUGUUCACCUCAAUUCGCAUACAGUUAACACAGAUUCGCCUUUACGCAAAGUUAUCUCACCUCGUAUAAUGAUGAACAGUAGUCAUAAUAGUAGUGCCUAUAAUAAUAAUAAUAAUACAGUUCAUGUUAAUCCUUAUUGUCCUCCGCCUGAUAUAAAUCCACCUCCACUGCCUCCUCGUGUAAGUUAUACAACUCCAGCAAUGAUAACCACGCAUCAUUCUAAACCAGUUAAAUAUCGUCCAUUACCAGAACCUCCUGAAAAUCCUCCCCCUCCCCCUCCUCCUCCUACUACUACUGUCAGUGUCAGUAAACAAGGUAAACAGGGUACUCGGAGAAAAUCUUUAGCUAAUUCAAUCUCAGCGCCUAACACAUCUGUUAAUGUAAUCAACCAAUCAACAACAACAACACAACAACAACAACAAUAA